AUGGGGUUGGUCUCAGGAGUGGGGGAUUUGCUUUUCAGCUUCAGACGAUUUGUAAAUAUCUACUUGUAUUUCUCUUCCUGCAAAAGUUUGAUACGCCGUAAAAGUAAAUCUCUAUCUAUCUAUCUAUCUAUCUGUAGUGGACCCAGAAUAGGUCAUUAUCUAUCUAUCUAUCGAUCGAUCGAUCCGGAUCCCAUCAGAGACCUAGAGGCAUCCUUUUCCACUGCACAUGAUUUUUCUUUUCUUUUUUCUUUCUUUUUUAUUUUUACUUUCUUUUCUUUCUUUCUAUUUACCUUUCUUUACAUUAUUUCUUUUUUCUUUCUUUUUUCUUUUCUUUCUUUCUUUUCUUUUUUUUUCUUUUUUCUUUUCUUUCUUUCUUUUUCUUUUAUAUUUAUUUCUAUUUCUUUUUUUACUUUAUUUUCUUUCUUUCUUUUUUCUAUUUACCUAAAAUUUUUUUUAUUUCUUCCUUUCUUUCGUUCUUUCUUUCUUUCUUUCUUUCUUUCUGUCUUUCUUUCUUUUUAUCUCUUACUUUCUUUUACUUUCUUUCUUUCUUUCUUUCUUUCUAUUUGCCUAGACUUUACAUUCUUUCUUUCUUUUUCUUCUUUCUUUCUUUAUAUAUUCCCACUUUCCCUUAUUUCUUACUUUUUUCUUUCUUUCUUUUUUCUUCCUAAUAUUUUGUUUAUAUAUAUUAUAUAUCUAUCUAUCUAUUAUUCAUUCUGUUCAUUAUAUCUAUCUAUCUAUUCAUCUAUCUAUCUAUCUAUCUAUCUAUCUAUCUCAGCCUAUUCAUAUAGAUCAUUAUCUAUCUAUCUAUCUAUAUCUAUCUAUCUAUCUCAUUAUUUAUCUAUCUAUAAUAAAUAUAUCAUUCAUUAUCUGUCAUCUAUCUAUCUAUUUCUAUAUUAUCUAUAUAUCUAUCUAAUAUCUAUCUCAUUCAUAUCUAUCUAUCUAUCUAUUCAUAUCUAUCUAUUCAUAUAUCUAUUAUAUCUAAAAUAUCAUAUCUAUCUCUAUGUCUAUCUAUCUAUCUAUUCAUAUAUAACAUUAUCUAUCUAUCUAUUAUCCAUAUAUAUAUAUAUAUAUAUCUUCCAUUCAUAA